CCGUGAUAACGAUCGAUGGCUUCUGGUGGUAGCGGAAGCGGAACAACGAGCAAGAACGAUGACUCGAAAUGGUACUUUACGGCCGAGCAGCUGGCGAGCUCGCCGAGCCGCAAGUGCGGGAUGGACGCGGAUCAAGAGCUUAUGUACAGACAGCGUGCUGCAAACCUGAUACAGGACAUGGGUCAGCGGUUACAAGUAUCACAACUAUGCAUCAACACGGCCAUCGUUUACAUGCAUCGGUUUUAUGCAUUUCACUCGUUCACUCAAUUCCAUCGCAACAGCAUAGCUGCUGCCGCACUAUUCCUAGCAGCAAAAGUCGAAGAACAACCACGCAAGCUGGAGCACAUCAUCAAGGUGGUACACAUAUGUCUCGGACUGGAUGCACCGGAUCCGAUGCGCGAAAACUAUGCCGAACAGGCGCAGGAUUUAGUGUUCAACGAGAACGUGUUGCUACAAACGCUCGGCUUUGAUGUGGCCAUUGACCAUCCACAUACGCACGUAGUGAAAACCUGCCACCUGGUGAAAGCUUCCAAAGAUUUGGCACAGACAUCUUACUUUAUGGCAUCCAAUAGUUUACACCUUACAACCAUGUGCCUGCAGUACAAACCGACGGUCGUGGCCUGCUUUUGCAUUCAUCUCGCCUGCAAAUGGUCCCGUUGGGAGAUUCCGCAGUCGAACGAAGGCCGGCAUUGGUUUCACUACGUGGACAAGACGGUAACGCUCGACCUGUUAAAGCAGCUGACGGACGAGUUUCUGCACAUUUUCGAUCGUUGUCCGACACGGUUAAAAAGCAAAAUGAAAUCGAUACGGGCCGACUCGGGAGCGGAGGAAUCUGGACGAAGAACAGGUGGUAGCAGUAGCAGUAGCACUACCAGCCUAAUGGCUGCACCAUCCACAUCGUCGGUACAGCGCGGUCUUGAUGAAGGUAGUACUGCCACAUCGUCCACCUCUAGUCAUCAUCGUCCUAAGCAGGGUUCCAGCUCCGAUAUAAUGAAACCACACGGAAUGUCGUCUUCCGGGAGCCAUCAAAAGAUUCCUUCCUCAUCGUCGUCUGGAUCUCGAUUACGUUCCGAACGGCCGCCUGUCAGUAUCGCGUCCUCCGGUAGUCUGGCAGGACAACCGCAACAACAAUCGCAACCACCGCCACAACAUUAUGGAAGUGGAAGCAGCAGUAGCAAUAGUAGUAAUAAAAGCGCACCAUCGACUUCAUCGCACCGAGGCAGCAUGCCGAUAAAUGCUUCAGGCAGUGCGGUGUCGUCCCAGCGAUCAUCGUCGAGCUCAGCGGCAGGAUAUCAGCAGGGACACGAUGGAAGCAAAUCCCGCCAGCAACCGUCCUCCGUGGCUGGUAUGAUGCAGGCAAGCGGAGCGCCAACUGGUGCUGUUGUUGGUAGUGGUACCACGUCUUCUGGCUCUUCAUCAUCCAUGCAUUCCGGUUACAAUCAGAUAAAGGCGGAACGGCACAGCAGCAGUGGACAGAAGCUUCCACCCAAAGCACCUUCGUCCGGUUCUGCGCCCAACUAUAAUGCGAAGCUUCAGCAGCAACCACCUUCGUCUCUGUUUACCCAUCCGCCAAGCUACAACCAAUCAAUCAGUGGCCGUACAUCGAAUCUUCCCCUGGCGGAUCAGCAAUCGUCGUCUAGCAGCAAUAGUAGUAGUAUUCAGCCAAAAACGGAACCUUCUUCCUUCCGACUGCUGGACGAAUCGAUCGGUCGCCUAACUGAUCCGAUGCAGAUGUGUACGCCACCGAAGCAAAGCAAACCGUCGUCCAUCUUUAGUCCUGAUUGGAAAGAUUCGCAGAAUGAAUCGUUACAGUCGAAUGCUUCACUGCCGUCGAGUAAGUCGCGAUCGAGUAGUGCUCACUACGGUAAUGUGCCGGGAGCAGGAACAUCGUCCGAACGGAUGCUAAAACCACUGAAAGGAAGUCCAAGCAGCAAGAAACAACAACAGAUGCAACAGCCGCAUCAUGCAUUAUCGCGUUCCGAUGUGCAAAAGAAAGAGCGCCGUUUGGAUAGCUCUGCCGGACAGCAGCAGCAGCAGCAGCAGCAACCGGCCGUUUCCGGUAAGCAUCCGAUGAUGGGACACGAUAAAAAGACGCUGAUGCCACCAAGUUCCUCUGGUGCGCUUGCGAUGGUCGGUGGAAGCAAUACUAGCAUUAGCAAUACUGGUAGCAAUAACGGUAGCAAUAGUCAUACUAGCCACAAUUUAAAACGGUCGUUGGACGGUACGGUUCUACCUCCGAGUGCGCUGCCUGGGAACGAUGGUACAGCGCUAGGAAAUUUGACCGGCAACGGUGCGCCCGGUUCGAUGGCAGCCAAUACUCAUUCCAGUGGCAGUAGUAGUAGCAGCGGCAUGUCUUCGCAAGCGAAACGAUCACAUCCGAGCAACGAACAGAUUCGGCAGGACGAUGGGACUGAUUUCCGAGAGCAGAAAAUGCGCCGAACCGAACAAUCCUCCAGCUCAUCGUUUUUAUCGGGCGGUUCACCAUCGGACCAGUUGUUCAACUCAUCCUUCGAUUUGGCCAGCACGUUUGACAAGAUGGACGAUUCCUCAUCGCUGUUUAAUUUCAACGAUCCUGGCUCGCUACUUUCGCAACCGCUGCUGAGCGACUCGAAGCCGUCCACGCUUGCGAAGAGUGGUGGCAUCUUUAGCAACACAAUCAACGGCAUCGAAACGAACGCGGCGCUGGUGAGUAGCUUGCUGAAAGAAAGUCUGUUCAAUGAGACGCCAAAGUUUGGAUCACUGUACGGUGGUGCUGGAUCAUCGGGUGGUAACGAACCGGCAGCAGCCGCUGGUGCUACGAUACGUUCUGAUGUGGUGGAUACAAAACCACUGAUCGAUACGAGUGUCGGAGCGAUGGACACAAAACCACCUAUUAGUUCGAUGGAAGGUUUACACGGACUUCCACCGUCGUCUGUUGGCGGUCAGCAACAGUUGCCGGUUGUGAGUGGGGCAACUGAUUCCACGGUUCCACCUUCCUAUCCAUGGGUAACGACAAAUGCUGGUGCGACACUUCCGAGUGAUGCUGCCGCGAAUGUUGCAACUGCGUCACAACCCGCUGCUGCUGCUGCUGCUGCUGUCAUCGAUUCUACGCCGAGCCAACCGCCACUGGCGGCGGCUACAGCAGCCUCAACCGCUUCCGAUCCCGACACAGAUCAGGGUGCCGGUGGGCAUAGGUCGAAAUCGGAAAAGAAAAAGAAAAAGGAGAAGCACAAGCACAAGGAAAAGGACAAGACGAAGGAUCGCGAUCGGGAAGAGAAGAAAAAGCACAAAAAAGACAAAGACAAGCACCGGGAUCGGGAACAUCGGGAGAAAGGAGAUCACCAUGCUGGUGGUGGUGGCGUUGGUGCGUCGGAUGUUGGUGGUGUUGGCCAUACGCAUGGUGGAUCGCAUUUGGCACAAGAUCCACCACCACCUCCGGGACCGAUAAAGAUCAAACUAAACCGUGCGAUCAUUCCACCGGUAGCGGUGGACGGAUCGGGUGCGGGAAGUUCCAGUGGUUCAGCAAACGAUGGGUUGAAGAUAAAAAUUCCCAAGGAUAGAUUGUCCGGUUCGUCGUCGUUGCCCGGUGGACCGGCGUCAGGAGCAUCAGCGUCAGGAGUUGGAGGUUCGCACGGUGGUUCGUCGCAUGGUCCCAGCGGUGUUGGGGGAGGAUCAGCGUCAUUGAAAUUAAAAAUUUCCAAGGAUAAAAUAGAGCACUACAAUAUAAGCGCUCCAAGCGAUGCAAUUGGACAGCAGCCUCCACAUCAUACUGCCAUUGGAGGUCCUGCUGGACUAGGUGCAGCAGCAGCAGUAGCAACAGCCGGUAUUGGCAUGGGUGGCAUCAGCAAUACCAUCGGGGGAAGCAGCAGCAGCAGCAGUAGUAGCAGUAAGAAAAAGGACAAGGAUCGUGAUAAGGAUCGUGAGAAAAGUAAGUCCAAAUCAUCUAGCUCAUCUUCGGAACACGGAAAUCGUCAAAAUGGUGGCGGAUCAGUGGCUCCCGGAAAUAAUAGUAGCAAAUCAUCUAGCAAGCAUUUAUCCACUUUACCACAGCAGCAAUCGCAGCCCCAGCAGCAGCAAUACGGUAUAUACAGUGCGAAUCAAUCCAUGACGGCAGCUAGCGCCCCUAUGGCAGCCGCCGGAAUGGUACCGGCUAUGCACGGUUAUCAUCAGGCCGGAUUUGACUACCUUCAUCAGCAACAGCAGCAACAAUCAGUCGCUGCUCUACAGCAACAGCAGCAGCAACAACAGCAACAAUUUUACUCCCAAUAUGGUCAGUUCGGGCAACAGCAGCAGCAACAGUUUCAGCAACAAAUGGCCGCCUCCGGUGCCAGCUCGAUGCUGAUGAACGCAUCCGGGGCUGGCGUUGGAGCAGGGAUGAUGGGGGGUGGUAAGCUUCCUGGACAACCGGGCGCGACGGUGGCGAGUAUGCAAUCGUCCUCGCUUCCACCGUACUAUUACGGCGGUGGUUCCGGUGCGAGCACGGCCAACAAUCAGGGCGCUGGUAAAAAAUAA